AGACUAAAGAGCUAGUAGCACAAGAAAGGUAUCUCUAGUACGACUUAACAAAUUUCGGAAAGGAGGCAUGUCAAAGUUCACAUCGUUGAAGGGACUGGUGAGUCUUGUGACAGGCGGGGCGUCAGGCCUGGGUCGUGCCACGGUGGAGAGGUUCACCAGACAGGGAGCCCAUGUGAUUCUCUGUGACCUUCCCUCCUCUGAUGGCCAACAGGUCGCUAAAUCCCUGGAAAACUGCACCUUCCUCCCAGCUGAUAUAACCUCAGAAGGAGAAGUGAAGGAAGUGUUAAGAUCCACAAUGACGGAUUACAAAAAACUAGAUGUCCUUGUCAACUGUGCAGGGAUUGGGGUCGCCAGAAAAACAUACAACAUCCACAAAAACAAACCUCAUCCACUGGAGGAGUUUGAGAGAGUGCUCAAGGUGAACACCUUGGGAACGUUUAACGUGAUCCGACAGGCUGUAGUUCUCAUGGCACAGAAUGAACCAAACGAGGACCAGGCGAGAGGCGUGAUCGUUAAUACGUCCAGCGUCGCCGCGUUCGACGGACAGAUGGGACAGGUGGCUUACUCCGCCAGUAAGGCGGCCAUUGCUGGGAUGACGCUACCUCUAGCUCGCGAUCUUGGAGAGUACGGAAUCCGAGUCUGUACAAUUUGUCCAGGUGUGUUUGAUACCCCAUUAUUAGCAGCCUUACCUCAGAAGGCCAUAGAUGCCCUGACAUCAACAGUUGUGUUUCCUAAAAGACUCGGAAAUCCAGAUGAAUUCGCACAGAUGUGUCAGACAAUUGUAGAAAAUCCUUAUCUUAAUGGAGAAACAAUCCGAUUGGAUGGAGCUCUAAGAAUGAUAUGAUAGUACUCAGUUCUGACUGGAGGAGAGUUUUGAUUGUGAUGAUUAUGCAAAGCUGUGAUUGGAUGAACAAAGACGUGUGUUUUUUUAAAAACUGUGCUAUUGAUCAUGUUGAUGUUUUCAUUAUAUUGGUAUCAUUGAACACUAAUUAUUGGAAUAUGCAACAAAAUAAUGAUACAUAUGAGGGAUUCUCACAAUGUUCAUUCUCUGGAAGAAUUAAAUUAUGAGAUAUGAAAUAAAAAAAAUAAUAAAUUUUAGUAGGAUGAGUUGUUUACCUAUAGUAAAUGAUUUUUGUGUGAUAAGUAGAUUUUGUGAAUGUUUACAUGUAAAUAAUAUGUAUUACAGUAA